AAGGGAAUACCAAAUUCUUCAGUGUGUUGAUGCUUGCUUGGGUCCAGUUUAUUUCAGGUUUAAUAGCUGAUAUAGACACUGAGUCAGAGAAGUUCAGAUGGAUGGGAAGUGCUCGCAUUGACUUCUAUGCUCUUCAGAGGAUAAUAUGUUUAAGACAAUACAAUGGACGAAUCUUAUUUCUACCAGCUCCUGGGUUUGAAAGCUAUGGACAGCCAGCCAGUUGCAGUCUAUACAAAGAGCCACCUGUUCGCGAUAAAGAGCUCGGGUACCAAGGACCUGAAACUAAAUUUGAAGAUCUAGAAUGGAGAGAACUCAAAGGUCCAUUUGUUACUGUAUGGCUUCACAAUGUACCAUGGGGUGCUGAGAACACUCUGUCUGCUCCUGCUGCAAAGUUUUCUGAUGGCUUUUGGGACUUGAUUGUGUUGAAAAACUGUCCUAAGCUUGUCCUGCUCUCACUUAUGAGACAGACGAGUAGUGGAACACAUGUUGAGUCACCAUGUAUAUCGUAUCUAAAGGCUUUGAUGUCUUACGACAAGCUUCAAGUAACAGUUGAUCAAGGUUUAGCCACUACUCUUCUCUCCUGAAUAUUGAUAAUGUUUUAACAAUACACGUGUGAUGAAGACACAUUCACAUCAUAAUUCAUAAACCUUAGAUUGACCUUUUCUUUGAAAUCUCUUUUUGUAAAUGUUGUUCCUUUUGUGGUUGUGUGUGUGUAAUUUGAUUGAUACACAUGUACAGUACAUUACAGGAAAUGAGAACCAACCAUGUUUUGUGUGUUUCUUACAAUUAGUCCUAAGAUUCUACAGAAAUAUUGUUGUGCGAGUAAUUUCUUUGUUUUAUCUUUGAUCUUGGGGGUGUAAACUUGGUAUAAGCCAGAGGGAGCAAAGGUAAUGUUAAAUUUAACCACUUCUUAGUGGUAUAAACUCAUUUUGAAAUG